CUUCAGAAGACACAACAGCUUGUUUACAAACAGUUUACAUCUGAAACAUGUCGAGUCAAUCCAUGUCAAAACGAUGGUAGAUGUAUACCUGGAAAGCUGAGCUGCCAAUGCACACAAGGAUGGAUGGGAAGAUUUUGUCACAGAAAGUGUCGGAACAUAUACAAAAGUUGUGAACGAUGGGCAGCUGAAGAUAAAUGCCAGGCAGUAUUAACACAAACGAAUUUCUUCGAUGUAAACUGCGCACUUGCAUGUAAUUUAUGCAAGCCCAAUCCUGGACAUGUUGACCCGGAGAUACCUCUUGCCCCAGCACUCGAGCCGUUGCAAUUUUUCCUCGGAAAAUGGUAUUCUCAGACUAUAAGUGUCAGUUUUCCGGCGGCCAAAGGACUACGAUAUCCAACAGAUGUGUACGCUAACGAGUAUGAGGAGCUUCUGGAUGUGGCGCCGGCAAGUGUGCCAAUGUUCGGGCCUCCAUCGCUGAAUCUG